CAGAGUAUCAAGUGGGAGGAGUUCUCAUGCCAUUUAAUCAAGCUUGUGCGCCUGUCCUCUACUCCUCACAAAACAGCGUGAAUAACUUCUGUUAGUUGCAGUCGGUGGAAGUGAAGUGGCUAAAAAAAACCCAGAACUUGCAGUCAUGGUAGGUAAAGAUCCGAGUAAGCCGAGGGGGAAGACGUCCUCGUAUGCCUACUUUGUUUCAACGUGCCGGGAAGAACAUAAGAAGAAACAACCAGACGUUCCUGUGAACUUCACAGAAUUCUCCAAGAAAUGUUCUGAACGGUGGAAGCUUUUGACUGCCAAAGAGAAGCUGAAGUUCGAGGACCUGGCCAAAUCCGACAAAGUUCGCUAUGAACGUGAAAUGAAAACCUACGUGCCCCCCAAAGGGAUGGGAAAGCCGGGAAAGAGAAAGAAGGAUCCCAACGCCCCCAAGCGUCCACCGUCUGCGUUUUUCGUCUUCUGCGCGGAUCACCGCCCAAAAAUCAAGGGGGAGCAUCCAGGCAUCUCCAUUGGCGACAUUGCUAAGAAGCUUGGCGUCUUGUGGUCAAAGCAGACCCCCAGCGAUAAGAAACCAUACGAGGCAAAGGCACUUAAGCUGAAGGAGAAAUAUGAAAAGGACGUUGCAGCCUAUCGUGCCAAGGGGACUAAAGUUGAUGCUGGCAAGAAGGGAGGACCAGGUCGGCCAGGUGCUGGAAAGAAGGCAGCACCAGUAGAUGAUGACGAUGACGACGACGAUGAUGACGAGGAGGAGGAAGAUGACGAGGACGACGAUGAUGAUGAUGAUGACGAUGAUUAAACUGCUUGGAAACUUGAGCUGGAUUAUUUUCAAAACAAUGUGAACAUGCAAUGAAUUUAUAUUUUUAGAUUUUCAAAAUGUGUACAGAAAUGUUUAACUGUAAUGCAUAUCGAGGGUCAUGUACUGUUUUGUAAAUUAACAGCUUUUUUGUUUUUGUUCCCUAAAGCACUGCUUUGUCAUGGGUAGUGGUGGUUGCCAUUCUCCCCCUCCAUUUUCGAACUGGGUUCCACUGCUGUAUAAAGGAUUCAGAGUAACAUGUUUUGUUUAGUAAAUGUUAAGUUUUUUUUUUUAAAGGAAAAACUGAGCUUUAAAUUGUGUGUAGACGGAACUUUUUUUAUAAUAAAGUUUUGUAUAUUAUGAUCAAAA